AUGCGAAAACGCAGCCGUGUUCCCAAAUUGGAAAUCCACUCAAAUAUCCCAACCAUUCAUCUAUUUACUCACACUUCUCCUGUUUGGCAUCAUGUUUUUCUCGCUGUCACGACUUUCUUUGUUUACUGCAACAGCCUUAACUGCGGUUUUGUAUUUGACGAUGCUUCAGCUAUUGUUGAUAAUCAAGAUAUCCGACCUCACAUUUAUCCAUGGUGGAUUCUAUUUAAGAAUGACUUUUGGGGCACUCCGAUGUCAUAUGAAUCUAGUCACAAGUCUUAUCGUCCACUCACUGUCUUAACUUAUCGUUGGAAUUAUGCUCUGGCUGAGCUAGAUCCCUGGGGUUUUCAUCUUGUGAAUAUCUUACUCCACAUUAUCGCUGUUCUUCUAUUCCAUUAUCUGUCAACACGAUUUAUUGAACCCUCUGGAAGUCUGGCUGCCGCCCUUCUUUUUGCUGUUCAUCCCAUUCAUGUUGAAGCUGUUACUGGAAUAGUAGGACGAGCUGAAUUACUGUCGGCCAUUUUUGUGUUUGCUUCCAUCCUCAUCUAUCUGGAUAUUAUUAAAAGCGAAUCAUCGAAGUUAAUUUCAGGAUUUACUAGGCUAUUGGCUAUCGCCAUUCUCGUGAUUAUUGGGACAUUGUGCAAGGAGCAAUGCAUCACAGUCGUUGGCGUCUGUCUAGCUUACGACUUUGUCUUUCAUUUCAUUCACACAUUCUAUAGGAAUAGCCUAACGGAUCGAAGGACUGUUUGGUUCCGAUUUUUUCUUCGAUUCUUAUUCCUUGCCUUCACAUCCGCCCUAUUCCUCUUUGCCCGUGUGGAGGUGAUGGGCUCGCAACUUCCUCAUUUUACAUCAUUUGACAAUCCGGCUGCCCAUGCAUCACCCCUGACACGUCGAUUAACUCAUCUCUACUUAAUAUUUUUCAACUUGGCUCUGCUCUUUUAUCCUUCUGGUCUUUGCGCUGAUUGGACCAUGGGCAGCAUCCCCUUAAUUGUAUCCUUCUAUGAUUGGCGUAACGUCUGCACUUUUUUUGCCUUUUUUGGUCUGUUCCUUGCGGCUCUUCGUUGUGCUUCUCCUUGGACUAAAACGCGUCAAUCGCUCACGCUUUCGAUGGGACUUGCUUUGCUGUGUUUGCCGUUUUUGCCGGCCUCGAACCUCUUCUUUUAUGUAGGGUUUGUGGUUGCAGAAAGGGUUCUUUAUGUUCCUAGUGCAGGAUUUUGUCUAAUUAUGGGUUUGGGCUUCCAGUUUCUUCUUCAAAGAUGUUCAACAAGAAAUAAACGAAGUCUACUAACAAAGACGCAGGCAUAUUUGAUUCUGGCUGUAAUUUGUUCAGGCUUCUCGCUUAAGACAUUCUACCGCAACUACGAUUGGAAAGACGAGUACUCUUUAUUUACAUCAGCUUUGAAAGUAACUCAGCAAAAUGCAAAAUUAUGGAACAAUGUCGGACACUCUCUUGAAGCGAAAUCAAAGUUUAAUGAUGCUCUUCUGUAUUUUCAACAAGCUGUGAGAGUUCAACCGGACGAUAUGGGCGCAAGAAUUAACGUCGGGCGUACUCUCGUUCAAUUGAAUCGAUUAGAAGAAGCCGAGGCUGCCUACUAUCAGGCUCUUGAUUUCUUCCCCAAGCCUAAGAAAGGAAUGGUUUACCACACUCGUGUUUCACCCAAAGAUCUCACGAUUUUUAUCAAUCUUGCCAAUCUGCUUGCCAAAAAUGAUAGUCGGUUGGAUGAAGCUGAUGCCCUAUUAAGAAGAGCUAUUUCAUUGCGUGAAGAUAAUGUUGACGCUUACCAGAAUCGUGGCAGUAUUCUUGUUCGUCAGCAGAGGUAA